AUGUCGCCCAUAAUUAUCGACCACUUAAUGGAUCUUGAGAACCUCAAGACGAACUUUGCGAGACCUCAAGCGUUGUAUGAAACCACACCUAGCACAUCCCACACUCCUCUCAUAACAGCCAAGACCGUAGUAAUCUUAAUAGACAUCAUCAUCGUCGUCGUCAUCUCCCUUUUAUUACUCUUGGGAUAUUACCUUUAUCGUCGGCAACUCAAAAGGAAGGAGAACUUCACCAAGUCGUUCGAAACUUCCGAGGCUAAGCUUGCUGCUGAAUCUAAUCGAGCAGCAAUGGAAAGCCGUUCCAUGUGCCCAUCGACCGUCGUAGGAGACGAAGAAUCAACACACAAAGUCUAA